AUGGCGCUCUCCGAAGUCACCACAGCCUUUCUCAAACGCUUCAGAUCAGCACCACAUCUGUCUCCCUCCCUCUGGACGCAGCAAUGUCGACGAUACGCCUUACCAGCGGAUGCUGCCGCGGUACAGGAGACGGACGAGCUCGAGACGACCAGCUUAGCAGCACGACCGUCCGAGAAAGACAUUGAACGCUACGAUCCUGCCGGCGUGGCACGGAGACGCAAUGAACGACACAGUAGAAGACUCCCGCGAAGCAGAUACCAAUACAAACCCCCGCGCUACUACCGCGGGCCCCUCCACCCGCACCAACCCCCCCCGGAAUCCGACCCAUCCUCCCGCCUCUUCGUUCCCGGCCCCUUCUCCCUCCCCCGUCUCGAACAAACGUACCACGAAACCUUCGCCCCGGACUACAUGACCAUGACCUACACCCACUUCCCGCCCGGCUUCAGCGCGCCGGUCAAAGGAGAGCGACUCCGGAGCUGGAUAGGAGACUCACCCUACUUCAAGAACCGACCCCCUCGUGGGCCGAGAGGCGGCGAUGUGUUGCGGCUGUUGCGGAAACCGAUUACCUUCCGCAACGUGCCGAAACUGGAGAAAGUGACGGUGCACACCAUGGUCAAAGCUGCGACAGACGACGUCGCACACCUCCACGUCGCGAGUAUGGUCCUGCAAUCCAUCACCGGUGUGCGAGCGACGGCGCAUAAAGUCGAGAAAUCCGCCGCCAGCUUCGGCAUUCAAGCGGGACAGUAUCUCAGUCUUACGUGUGAGUUGAGUGGCGAGGCUAUGUAUCAUUUCAUCGGGAAAUUGGUCGAUGUGGUCAUGCCGAAGAUCAAGGAUUGGCCCGGGGUGAAGGGGAGUUCGGGGGAUAGUAGUGGGAAUGUUGCGUUGGGGUUGAAGGCGGAGGAGGUGGCGCUGUUUCCGGAGGUGGAGGUGAAUUAUGACAUGUACCCGCCGAAGAUGAUCCCCGGUUGCCAUAUCUUCAUCCAUACGUCCGCGUCGACGGAUCGGGAUGCGAGGGUGUUGCUCACGCAGAUUGGCGUGCCGUUUUAUGGGAAGCUUAUCAACUGA